AUGCCGCCCGAGAAAAUAAUCAAGCUCGCCGAGCGCAAAGGUGUCAAGCGGGAGCUGCUGCGCUGGGCGUGGACCUUUUUCUCGCAAGCGCGACCAGACUUCCAAGAUGACUUCGAUAUGAUGAUGAAAAAUUACGCUGUCUGCUCGGAUGUCAAAAUGUGGGAUGCCACAACAUGGCUUACCAUGCAUGAGACUCUUGCCAACGUCGCCGUAGCGCUUGAGAAGAAGCCGCGAGAAGUGCGUCGCAAACUCCUCCAGGAGCACCCCCAGUCCAUGGUAGAGAGAAGCGCCACCAGCUACCAGGAGGUCUGGGCCACGGCGAGCUGCAACGUCGUCGCGCUGCAUUCUGAUCCAGACAAGGCUAAUGAGCUCGACUUCAAUCGCAAAGCCCGCCACAUGGCCGUGCUCGACCUCCUCCGAGCCUUCCACGACGAGAUGCGCGGUUUCCUGCCGCGGCGCAGUCACCUCAGACCGACAUACUUCCAGGACCUCCUCGGCCUCGAGUCAUUCCGCUUCUUCCUCGACGGCGAGGCCUUGACCGACCGCAGGUCGCUCUCCGACUUCGACUGCCGCUCGCUGGUCGCCCUGUGGCACGAGACGUUCCCCUCGCCGAAGAUGGGCGACAACCCGAACUGCUGCCUGAGCCUCCUCACCUGGACCCAUUCCCCCGAGGUCCACCGCAUCCUGUCUGAGUGGCGCGCCGCCUUCUCCCCCGUUUCGACGCCGAGACUCGUCGCUGACUUCAAGGUCACGCUCGGAGCCCUCGACGACGAGAGUCAUUACGGCCACGGCCUCGGUCGCCCUGAUAACGGUAACAACAUCGGCAACUACCCUUACUGGUCCGACCCUGACACCUACGCUGCACACGGGAGUGACGAGGCGCACGACCGCCUCUUCGCCGCCUCCAAAUUCAAGCCGCACGUCCGCGCCGAGAUGGCGGCCGAUUUCGCGCGCAAGUCGGAUGAGAUUGUGGCUGACAGUGACAUUGGUUGGGCUGCGCUGACCGAUGACGGCGAAGAUGGAGACCUUGACGAUGUGGUAGAGUGGACGAGGCCGUGGAUCCGCGCCGUGGGGGACUUGUGCAUGUUUGCAAGGGAGGCAAGAAACCACAGUGUGGGCUCGUCGGCAUCGAAGAGACCGGUUGACAAUGAAGAUGGUAGCAGCCAGGUGUCCGCGUUGGAGAGGCGUGCAGAGGUCUACCUAGAGCUGUUGAUGACGGUGCAUUGGGACAUCGAAAGAAAUGAAGGAGGGUUCUGGGACACAACCUUGAAGCAAAUUUACCCUUUCGAGGCGUCCGGACUGAUCGAAUUCUGGAGACGGGUACAGCAUCCUCAGGAUGUAAUUCCAUGGAUCGAAAGUCCCACGGUCAGGGAGAAUUUGCUUUCCUGGGCUUGGGCCUUCUAUUCAGACGAUCGCCAGACGUUCCAGUUCGGGUUGAGGGAGGCUCUUGCAGACAAAGAGCGACGCAGGGUAGAGCACGACGUUACAGAAGCGACGGCUUGGGAGCUCGUACGAGAGAACCUCGUGAGAUUACUUCUUCGCAAUGACGCAGAUCAUACGAAACACUUGUGUGGCAACAUAAGCGCACAAACUCUCAUUGAUAACAAGGAUUUCACCUGGGUAGAUUGUUGGAUGGUGACCGCUCUUAAGCUGGUUGUCGAAAGCCAACUGUUUGCUUUGGAAGACAUGGACGACGGAAAUAUGCAUGAAAGGCUCGAAAACUGCUAUAGGGCAGCCCUGGAGCUGCUAUGGACCACUCACCAGAACCUUAAGGAUAACUGCCCUCGUCGUGGCCAGUCAUUCACCAGGAGGGCAUCGUACUUUAGGAGGCUGCUGAACUUGGAACCAGUGUUGAUCCCGGCAAUCUGGUCGUCGUCAAAGACCCAAGACACGCCUCCGGAGCAGAUGCUGAUUACACUGUUCCCUUUCAAGGUGGAUAGUUUCAUCGCAUUUUGGAAACAGUCGCUCCGGACAGAGGCCUCGAAUAUGCUCUUGAUGAUUAUGGAUCCUGAGAUGAUCCAGCACAUGCGCCAAUUCCUUUCUGGCGUCGGCCAAGAGCAGGCAGCAAGCAGCCUGGCGAUCGACGGAGCGAGAUACCUGACACCGGAAGGGUUUCUUCCCCUGCAAGGAGAUCAGAUGGAAUUCCUAAAUAGCUACAUCGCGCAGCCGGAAAAAACGCCGAGCGCAAAGCCGAUGUAA